CUCGCGCCGCCGCCGCCGCCGCCGCCGCCGCCCGCCGUCCCGGGUCAUGGUGCUGGGCCGCGGGCUGCUCGGUCUCCGGAGCGUCUCCGCACUGGGAGCGGCCUGCGCCCGCCGCAGCCUGGGUCCGGCCCGGCUGGGCGUCCUUCUCCAUCACACGGGGCGCAGGAAGAGCCUGACCGUGGAACAGGACGCCAUGAACGUGGAGUUGCUGCCCGCGCUGACCGACAACUACAUGUACCUGAUCAUCGAUGGCGAGACCAAGGAGGCCGCCAUCGUGGACCCGGUGCAGCCCCAGAAGGUUGUAGAAACGGUGAGAAAGCACGGCGUGAAGCUGACCACGGUGCUCACCACCCACCACCACUGGGACCACGCCGGCGGGAACGAGAAGCUGGUCAAGUUGGAGCCUGGGUUGAAGGUGUGCGGGGGCGAUGACCGGAUUGGGGCCCUGACUCACAAGGUCACGCAUCUGUCUACACUGCAGGUGGGGUCACUCAAUGUCAAGUGCCUGUCGACGCCGUGCCACACUUCUGGCCACAUCUGCUACUUCGUGAGCAAGCCCGGGAGCUCCGAGCCGCCUGCCGUGUUCACAGGCGACACCUUGUUUGUGGCCGGCUGCGGGAAGUUCUAUGAAGGGACAGCAGACGAGAUGCACAAAGCCCUGCUCGAGGUCCUGGGCCGGCUCCCUCCAGACACGAGGGUGUACUGUGGCCACGAAUAUACCAUCAACAACCUCAAGUUUGCGCGCCACGUGGAGCCCAACAAUACUGCCGUUCAGGAGAAACUGGCCUGGGCCAAGGAGAAGUAUGGCAGCGGGGAGCCCACGGUGCCGUCCACCAUCGCCGAGGAGUUCACCUACAACCCGUUCAUGAGAGUGAGGGAGAAGACGGUGCAGCAGCAUGCCGGCGAGACGGACCCCGUGACCACCAUGCGGGCCAUUCGCAAAGAGAAGGACCAUUUCAAGGUGCCCCGGGACUGAGGCGGCCGCUGCCGCCCCCACCUUCAAGGACAUUUUGGGCGUUUGGAUGUUUCAGGUGAAUUUCCUGCCAGGACUGCAGGAAAUUCAGUCUUGGUUUAAUUUUAAAUUAAUUUCCGAGCCCUCUGCCUGUUUUACCAGAUGUUCUAAUGCAUAUUUAUGAGAAGUCUAGAAAGAGUACUAUUCCUGGACCCUC